AUGGCUUCCAGUAGAUGGCUUGAGGCGUUUCGUGCGCUGGCCUCAAGGAGGCCUGAGGUCCUCCAGCGGGCGGAUGUCGACCACCUCUUCAAAGAACACCCAAACAAGCUUACGGAGGAGCACUGUCGUGCUCUGGCCCAGCGCCUGCUUGUGCAGCCUGGUGUCACCUUGGCUGCAGCCAGCUGUUUUCGUCCCUUCCUCAGCGACAUAGUUCAAGAUCUCGUCAGCCAGCUCCAGUCACAAAGUCCCCGAGACAGCGCCACCACCCCUUUUGUCCCCUACCACGAGCAAGUCGCUGUCGCUUUCAGCUUCCUGCUCCCUCUGGCGCCUCAGCUGCUGGAUCCCAUACAGCACUACUUCUCCACCUCGCCGGAGCCUUUUGCCAGACUGCUGGCCGGCAUCGCUGGCGCCGACGGCCCUUCCCAAGAAUGGGGCAUCACACUGCACGCGGUCGCUCAAGCAUCUCACCGACUUCUGUCGACGGCUCCCGCGAUAUUCAGGGAGUUGUGGAACUGGGGUCCGUUCUUUGAUCUCCUGGCAUAUCAGGAGCCAAGUUCUGAUAGCAGAGCCAAUCAAGAUACGCCACCUCAAGGGGGCGCCUCUGGGGAUUCCGAUGGCGGUGGUGGUACGGGUCAGGCAGCUGGUAAUGGUCAGCCUAUUCCUACCACCGCUGCCGAGAUCCGGUGGUCCGCUGUUCAAGUGGCGCGGAUAGUGCUACAGCUUAGUGAUGCAAGCACGGAGCAGCUGGCGGCAAACACGGCGAGGCUGACGCCGGUGGAGGCGGCCGCAUGCGCUGUGAGAUGGGAGGAUGAAGCUGCCACCAUCGACUUUGAGAGAGCCCGCAUGUUUAUGACCCCUAGUAAAGCAGAAGUGGCCAGAGAUCUUCCAUCCGCUGAAAGUUCGUAUAGUGAAGCAAGUGCGCCAGACCCCUCCGUUAGUCCCCCUUCGCCCUACAGUGUGUCUGGUCAAGCCCCACUAGGUAGGCUGCAAGUAUGCGGCAUCGAUCUUCCCCUCCGGCAAUAUGGGGGCCAAGGCAGCGGCCUGGGCCCUGGGCCCCCUCUUAUAGAAGCCCGCUCUGCACUCGUUCUCACCCCGACAACUCGCAGAAAUCUAGAAGCAGUUUCUCUAGGCCUGUGCCAGGGCCGGCCGGUCCUGCUCGAGGGCCCACCUGGCGCUGGCAAGUCGGCGAUCAUCGAUGAGGUGGCCAGGGUAACAGGAAACCACAACGUCAUCAAGUUCCACUUGGACGACCAGACUGACAGCAAGACCCUGCUCGGGAGUUACGUGUGCACGGAGGUCCCCGGGGAGUUCCGCUGGCAGGCGGGGGCACUCACGCAGGCGGUGGCCAAGGGCAUCUGGGUGGUGUUUGAGGACGUUGACUGCGCGCCCUUCGAGGUGCUGUCGGCCCUGAUCCUGCUCCUGGAGGACCGCCAGCUGUACAUCCCAGGGCGGGGAGAGGUCCUGCCCGCUGCUCCCAACUUUCAAGUCUUUGGAACUGUAACGACACGGACCGGGCGGGCCGCUUCUGCCGGGACGCGGGAGGUGCUGGGGAGCCACUGGGCGCGGGUCAGCAUCGCGCCCCCAGAAGAAAGCGAACUGGUCGAUAUUGCGUCGGCGGCAGUCCCGGAAGUCGCGCCUCUAGUUCCCAAGAUGGCAGCCACUCUGCAGCGGGUGCGUGUGCUGACGGGCCAAUCGGCAGGGGGAAAUGCAGGGGGUGCAGUGGUUCAGGUUGGGCGGUUGUACACUGCGAGAGACCUGCUGAAGUGGGCGCGGAGAGUGGCCGCAAGCGUUCGAGGGAUGGAGCACCUCCUGGUUUCGGGAGCAGACCGGCCCCUCCCGCAGAAAGUACGAGAAGUGGUGUAUGCGGAGGCGGUGGACUGCUUAGCGGGAGCAAUCCCGAAGCCCGACGACCGGCGCCGGGUACUGCAGGCUCUUGCGAGUGAUUGGGGCGUUUUAGACAGUCAGGUGGAGUACUACAGUCAGCUGCAUAAGCCGGGGCUGCAGAUUGGCGCGGGGGGCGUGCAGGUGGGACGGGCCACGCUGCCAGCUGUUGGGAAGGUGGAGCAUUCUGAGAGCCGGGGAGUGUAUGCACAGACGGGGCACACGAUGCGUCUGCUUGAGCGGGUGGGGGUGUGCGUGCAGCAGAACGAGCCGGCGCUGCUGGUCGGGGAGACUGGGACGGGGAAAACGGCCCUGGUGCAGUUCCUGGCGCGGCAAGUGGGGGCCACCCUCACGGUGCUCAACAUGAGCCAGCAGACAGACAGCGCCGAUUUCCUGGGGGGGUUCAAACCAGUCGAGGCUCAUGCCAUCUGCGUCCCCUUGGCCACGUCUUUCUUCUCCCUGUUCCGGCGCACUUUUCCCAGCCAGCAAAACAACGACUUUGUAGCCCGCGUACGCACCCUGGCCGAGAAGCGCAAGUGGGUGCCCCUCCUCAAGGCCUGUCGCUCUGCCGUCGAGCGUGUGGCCAAGUUAGCCGACGCCUCCACCGACGGCACACCAGCAUUGAGCCCACAAGCAAGCGGGGACGAACCCCAGCCGAAGCAAAUAACGAGCAAGAAGAACGGCCAUCCGUUGAGCAACGGGGGUCCCCAGGGGAGCCCAAAGGGCGCCAAGCGACGCCGGCCAAUGGACCCGUCCCUAAUGGAGCAGUGGCGCACGUUCGCUGGGGAGCUGGCACGCGCGGAGCGGCAGGUCGAGGCCGCGCAAACGGCAUUCGCAUUUGCCUUCAUCGAAGGGGCCCUCGUAAAAGCCCUGCGCGAGGGCCACUGGCUGCUUUUGGACGAGAUCAACCUGGCGCCUGCUGACGCUCUCGAGCGCCUCAGCGGGGUGCUGGACGGCGAGCGGGGAUCCCUCUGCCUCACCGAGAAAGGUGACGUCGAAACCAUCCCGCGCCACCCGAGCUUCCGCAUCUUUGGCGCAAUGAAUCCGGCCACUGACGUGGGCAAACGGGACCUGCCGCUGCCCCUGCGGCAGCGCUUCACUGAGCUGUACGUGGAUGAGCUGACGGGACGGGACGAUCUGCGCCUGCUGGUGGCGCGCUACUUGGGGGAGGCCGUGCCGGGGGCGCCGGUUGAUGAUAUUGUCGACUUCUACCUGGCGGCAAGGCAGGAGGCGGAGGCGACGCUCUUGGACGGGGCCAAUCAGCGGCCGGGAUACAGCCUGCGCACGCUGUCCCGCGCGCUCGAGUACACGGUGGCGGCGCUGCCCAUCUACGGCUUCCAGCGCGCGCUCUUCGACGGCUUCUGCAUGGGCUUCCUCACGCUGCUCGACCGCCCCAGCGCGCCCACCAUGGAGCGCCUCCUCGUGAAGCACCUCCUCAAGGGCAGCGUCGGGGGGCUCAAAGCGCUGCUGCGGCCACCCCCCCAGCCCAGUCCCAACCACGUCCUCUUCGAGCAUUUCUGGGUCGAGGCGGGGACGACGGCGCGCAUCCUUUCGGAGGCGGACUUUGCGGAAGGCCCGGGGCGGAGCCGGUAUGUGAUGACGGAGAGCGUGCGUGAGCAUUUGAAGAACCUCGCGCGCGCGGUGCUGGUGCGGCGGUACCCGAUCCUGCUGCAGGGGCCGACGUCGAGCGGGAAGACCAGCCUGGUGGAGCACCUCGCGGCCAGGACGGGGCACCGCUUCGUGCGCAUCAACAACCACGAGCACACCGACCUGCAGGAGUACCUGGGCAGCUAUGCCACGGACCCCCAAAGCGGGCGGCUCGUAUUCCAGGAAGGCGCCCUGGUGGAGGCCGUCCGAAAAGGCCACUGGAUCGUGCUGGACGAGCUGAACCUGGCGCCGUCGGACGUCCUGGAGGCGCUCAAUCGCCUGCUCGACGACAAUCGCGAGCUUUUUGUACCAGAGCUGCAGGUGACCAUCAAGCCGCACCCCCACUUCAUGCUGUUUGCCACCCAGAACCCCCCAGGGACCUACGGCGGGCGGAAGGCCCUGUCACGUGCCUUUCGUAGCCGCUUCCUGGAGCUCCACGUGGACGACAUCCCUGCGAGCGAGCUGACCCGCAUCCUGGAGCUGCGCUGCGGCAUCCCCGCCAGCUACGCUGCCAAGAUGGUGGACGUCCUCAAGGACUUGCAGCGGCACCGCCAAGGCACAGCGGCCUUUGCUGGCAAGCACGGUUUCGUGACCCCCCGUGACCUGUUCCGGUGGGCGGAGCGGCAUGCAACUGGCUACGAGGAGCUGGCUCGGGACGGUUUCCUGCUGCUGGGGGAGAGACUGCGGGACGAGGCGGAGAAGCAGAUUGUGAAAGCCACUCUGGAGAAGCACAUGCGGGUCAAGCUGGACUUGUCUACGCUGCACGAGGUGUCCAGCUCCGAGGCCUUCCAGGCGCUGGAGCAGCGCAUGCGCGCGCCCGACGCGGUGGCCGCAGUGGGCAAGAUCGUGUGGACGGGGGCGAUGCGGCGGCUGUUCCACCUGGUGGAGCGGUGCCUGGCGCACAACGAGCCGGCGCUGCUGGUGGGCGAGACGGGCGCGGGCAAGACCAGCGUGUGCCAGAUGCUGGCGCUCCUGCGCGGCCAGCGCCUGCACAUCCUCAACUGCCACCAGCACACCGAGACCUCCGACUUCCUGGGGGGUUUCCGCCCGGUCAGGGACCGGGAGCGCACGGCUGCUCGCGCCACUGCGCUCUCUACAGAGGUGGCCCAGCAUCCGCUGUUCCAAGCCACCGUCUUAGAGCUCGACCCCGCCGCCCAAAGCCCAUUCAUCAGCACCGACGUACAGGACGCCGCAGUUACCAUCUCUUUGAUCAAUCGGGUCGUCCACACUCUUCAUGCACGCACACAGUCUCCGUCAGAAUCACUAGCGGAGGGAAUAGAAUGCCUGACAUCAGCAGCGGCUGAGCUGCAGCAGCUGGUGGGGGAAUGGCAGGCCCUGUUUGCGUGGCACGACGGUCCUCUGGUGGCGGCGAUGCGCAACGGCGACAUGCUGCUAGUGGACGAGAUCUCGCUCGCAGAGGACAGCGUGCUCGAGAGGCUCAACAGCGUGCUGGAGCCCAAGAGGCUGCUGGUCCUGGCUGAGAAGGGCGGCACAACCGUGGAGGAGCUGGUGGCACACCCCAACUUCCGGCUGCUGGCCACCAUGAAUCCGGGGGGCGACUUCGGCAAGAAGGAGCUCUCGCCUGCGCUGCGCAACCGUUUCACCGAGCUCUGGGUGCCCGCCAUCACCAACCUGGACGACCUGCGCAGCAUCGUCCAGGACCGCCUCCCCCAGGGGGAACUUCGUCCGCUCGCCGAGCCGUUGUUACGCUUCUGGCAGUGGUUCCAGCACGAGCAGCAGGGCGGCGGCAAGGUGCUGUCAGUGCGCGACUUGCUUGCCUGGGUGUCGUACAUCGUCACGGCUGCGCCCACCAUCGGGCCCUUCCCAGCCUUUAUGCACGGAGCCUUUCUGGUGCUCCUGGACGGCAUCGGCUUAGGUCUGGGGAUCUCAGCAGAAGCCGCAGCUCGCACACGCACUGAGUGCUACCACUACCUCCUCGACCUGCUGCCGGAGGUCGAGCGGGCCGCUGUCGUGGCUUCUAGCGGCAUCCCCGCUCCCGGCAUCCCCCUCCCCCCCUCCCUCUCCGACUUCGGCCGCAUUACUGCGGACGAGUCUUCCUUCGGGCUGCACCCCUUCUACAUCCCGCGAGGCCCGCACGCCAUCGCAGGGGCGCCGUUCGAGCUGGGCGCCCCCCGCACGUGCCGCAACGCGAUGCGCGUCAUGCGCGGCCUGCAGCUGCGCAAGCCGGUGCUUCUGGAAGGCAGCCCCGGGGUGGGCAAGACGAGCCUGGUGGCCGCUUUGGCCGCUGCUUCGGGGCACAAGCUGGUGCGCAUCAACCUGUCGGAGCAGACUGACAUGAUGGACCUCCUUGGAACGGACCUCCCGACUGAGGGCGCGGCCGGGGGAACGUUUACGUGGUCGGACGGCGUGUUCCUACAGGCGCUGCGGGGGGGGGAUUGGGUAUUAUUGGACGAGCUCAACCUGGCGAGCCAGUCGAUCUUGGAGGGGCUCAAUUCCGUGCUGGACCACCGCGCUGAGGUGUUCAUUCCGGAGCUGGGCCGCACCUUCCGGUGCCCGCCCACCUUCCGGCUGUUCGCCGCGCAGAAUCCGCUGCAACAGGGGGGCGGCAGGAAGGGCCUUCCCAAGUCGUUUCUCAACCGCUUUUCGCGGGUUUACGUGGAGGCCCUGGAGGCCGCCGACCUGGAGUUCAUCUGCACAGCGCUCUUCCUGUCCAUCUCUUCGCCUACGCUGCACCACAUGGUGUCCUUCAACGAGCGGUUGCACCACGAGACCAUGGUGGCGCACUCGUUUGGCCACCGCGGCGCCCCCUGGGAGUUCAACCUGCGCGACAUCCUGCGCUGGUGCGAGCUCAUCCUCAAGUCGCGGGAAGAAGACCCGCUCCUGCACGUCGCGGCAUCCGACGACGAAGCAGCGGGGCAGCACCUGGGCACGAUCUACCUGCAGCGGAUGCGGCAGCCGGAGGACCGACGGCGCGUCGUUGCGCUGUAUCGGGAAGUCUUUGGGACGGAGCCGAGUUUGGAACUGCACCCGCGGCUCACGAUGACGCCUGAAACCCUCCAGCUUGGCCGGACGACACUUUCGCGAGAACGGGAUCCCGGGCCUGGGCAAGCCGGGGGAACGCGCCAGCUGGCGGUGAUGCCAGGACAGCUGUCGGCGCUGGAGACGGUUGCGCGGUGCGUGCAGAGGGGGUGGAUGUCCAUCCUCCUGGGGGGCCCGGCCUCGGGAAAGACCAGUCUCGUAAGGACGCUGGCGCAGCUGACGGGGAACGUGCUCCACGAGUACCCCCUCACCAGCGCCUCAGACACCACAGAGCUGCUGGGCUGUUUCGAACAGUUCGAUCCCAUGCGGCGCAUGCGCAGUGCCCACUCCCGAGCCCAGUCUGCCCUCCAGUCCGUGUGCGAGCUGCUGCUCUCCCGCAAGCCUGGAAGCCAGCCCGCAGCGCGCCUCAUCGAGAUGGUUAAGAGCCUCCAGGCCAGCUGGACAGCCUACGCCAAGCGGGCCAAGGCUGCCUCCCUCGCUGAAGCAGGGGCCGGCCAGAUCGACACCUCCGAGGGCGCGCUGGACCUCAAGGCGCUGGAGCUGCUGCAACACCUCGUUGCACAACUGUCAAGCGCUCUCACCGCCGCAGCCACGGACCAGAUCCCGGACGAAGCAAGCGAUGACGUCAGCACGCUGCAAACCCGGUUGUCGGUGCUGACAGUAGAUGUCAGUGGUCUUGUUCAAGAGGCGGGUGCAAGCGGUGGGGCGGGGAAAGUGGUGGGCAGGUUCGAGUGGGUGGACGGUGUGUUGGUGCACGCUCUGGAGCGGGGAGAGUGGGUGCUGCUGGAGAACGCCAAUCUGUGCAACCCGACGGUGCUAGACCGGCUGAACCCUCUGCUCGAGCCGGGGGGCACCGUCAUGGUCAACGAGCGCGGCCUGGUUGAGGGGCAGCCCAUGGUAGUUACGGCGCACCCCAAGUUCCGCCUGUUCCUGACGCUGGACCCAGGGUACGGGGAGCUCUCGCGAGCGAUGCGGAACAGGGGGAUUGAGGUUUUCAUGAUGCCGCCAGACUGGGCGUCGGACCAAGGAGAGAACGAGACAGAGCCGGAGCGGAGCACUCUAUGGCAAGACAUGCUGCGGACACUGGCCGUGGCUGGCAUCCCAGGGAGGGCCUUGUCCGAGGCGAUGGCGCGAGCUCAUGUCCGGACGGCAGAGGCGGCCGCAGCGUACUCCAGUGGAAGCGGGGCCCUGCUGACGCUGCGCGACCUUGCCCGCUUUGCUGAGCUCGUGAAUGAGCUUUUGGAGAGGGGUGCCGAAGUAAGAGCAGCGAUCCGGGUCAGUUGGGACCACACCCACGUGGCGAAGCUGGAUUCGAUGGAGGCGAGAGCGGCGGCGGAGGGGGCUUACGAGCAGUGGCUUGCAAACGUGCACCUUGCAGAGGAAGCUCCGGGGUCGGAUCAGGAAGCGGGCUCAAGUGGAGCCGCGCAGGCUAUGAAAGCUGUGGAGGAGGAGUACUUGAAGGCUGCCCUGGUGCAUCCCGCUCGCUGGCCUAACGUGCUUACGUCAGCAAAAUGGGCGCAGCAAUCGCAGCUCGCGGCGGUGAAGCGGGACGGCGAGUACCUGCUGUUCCUGGCAGCGCAGAGCGUGGCCGGAGAAGUCGCAACGAUUCUGAGCCGAUCGAAGGGGACGGCGUUUGGGGAGCAUUUGCGGCCCUGGUUGGAGAAGGAAGCACACGAGAGUGGGGAGCUUUUGGCUGCUCUGGUGGCGGACAUCUGGAGGGAAGGAGGCAAAGGAGAUGCACGGAGUCGGGCAGAGCGGAUGUUAUGGUUCGCAUCGGCUUGCCUGGUGCAGCGGGUCUCCCCUCUGGAUGCGGAUCUGAGGGGGUUUUGGGUGCAAGCCGUCAGGGGCGGCUUCCUUGGUUUGCGGACGUCUGGAAUAACCGGGGACCUGUUAGGCGGCCUUGCUGAGCUGAUGGAGCAGCUCGAAGGUCAUCCGGUCACCGCGCAACUCGGAAGAGUCCGGUUGGCCUUGGCUCGUCUGGUGGGCGCUUCAGUAGCGACCCUAGAAAGGCAGCCCUACGAUCUGCGAGUUCUCAAUCUAGCAGCGCCAGCUGGCACCCCGACAGAAGCCCACCUGUUGCUCGUUGCGGCCCUGGCUGACAGCUGGGGACUGGCGAGAACUUCCAUCCAGCAGCAAGUCGUAAUGGACAGGUUCCUGGAGCAGGGGAGAAGCGAGGGGGCGGCCAGUCUGGUGGGGCAGUCGUUCCGUUACUACAAGGCCCCCUCCCAGAGGGCGCGCACUCAGGUCGCCCAUAGAGUGGUGCCCUGGUUGUACCCCCUUUUCGAAGCCGUCCAAAACUGGGAGGAUGCCUUGCUCCGGUCUCUCGCAGCGGAGGGGUUCGGCGGACUCGCGAGCAGCGGGGACAACAUGGAAGUAGACGAGGGGCCGGCGACUGCUGAGACGGUCGAGCGGAUGGUGGCGGAAGUUCGGGAACUGAACGAGGCGCUGCGCGUGGUCCAGCAGUGGCGCUACUCCCUGUGGACGUGGGUCGCCCAGCGGCAGCAGCUGCACCCCCCCGAGGCGUUCCUGGUGCGUUGGGAGGGGCUGAGCAGGGCCCUGCUAGGGCUGGGGUUAGCGCGGCUGGCGGCGAGAGCGGGGCAAGAGCAGAGGACGAAAGUAGAAACUGCGGCCAAGCUGUUGGACGAGGCCUUGACGGGCGGAGAAGGGUCGCUCGGCAAGCCGCUGCUGUGGAAGUACGGCGGCCGACCGCAGGCGCCCGGGAGCCUAGAGCUGUGCUUGGAGGAGGCGGCGGUGCUGGGGCUGUGCGAUGAGCUCAAGGUUCGGGGGGGUAACGGAAGUGAGGGAGUUGCAGUCGGGGGGGAGGUUCGGCGGCUGGCGGUGCAGGGGCUUUGCAUGUUACAGUGGGCCAAAGGGUUGGACAGGGGGCCCGGCGCGAAGUUCGAGAGCGCAGGAGUAGAGGGAGUGCACGCGUUUCUGCAGCGACAAGUCCAGGCCGGCCAAGAGAAGCUAAGCGAGCACACCGACUUCGAUCCCAUCCCACACACAAUGGACGAGGCGGGUGGUUGGGUGGUUAGCCCCAGUCAACUGUGGAAGUCCAGAAGCGUGCAGGGAGGCGAGUUCCCUCACGAGCUGUUGCGGUGGGAGGGCGCCCGCGCGCUCUCGCAACCACUGCUCGCGCUCUACGAGGUGGCCAGUCUGAGCAGCCAGGCCGCGCUCAUCCCGCCUCUAGUCGAGUGGGCCGUAAGCACGGGAACGGGCAGCCCCGCAUGGGGCCCUCCAGAGCACAGCCGGCUCCAGUCUUUGUUGGACACGUGGCUCGCCGUGGGACCUCGAUCACCGGCCGACUUUGCGCCUGCCCAGCAGCUGUUCUGGCUGUUGGACGCUGUCGCAGCAGGCGGGGUGCAGGACCUAGGGCUGGCUAUCAGGGCCGCAGUACAUGAGUUUGUGUACAGGUGGCACGCCGCUCUUUGGGACAACGUAUCAUCCGCCCUGCCGGCUGCUUUCCACACCAAGCAAGGCCGCGACACCCCCGCUGUCAACGCCCUCCUCGACGCCGGCAGCAGCCCCUUGCUCCUGGCCAGCACCGGCUCUUCUCCAAGAGGUCACUCCGAGUUUUGGACCCGGACUGCGGGCCCCGCGCGCCUGUAUCAGGCGCCGCAAACAGUCUUGUCGGCGGCGCUUGUGCACCAGAGCAGCCCGAUCGGCGACCACCUGCCCCGCCUGCUGCAGCUCCAGCUGGCCGCCCGCCACCUCUGGGCAGCGGCCGCCCACUCCGAAGCUGCCACGCCAGCAGACUCCGGCCGUGCUGACGUCAGGGCCGCCGCGGUUGUCCUCUUCCAGAUCGUCCUAGCGCACAGCAAGGCGUUUCCUCCCCAAGCGCUCGAGGCGCUUGUCGGGGGUCUGGAGACUUUGCGGGGCGCGCUCCAUGGCUCGGGCACGACAGACCUGCCGCAGACCGUGGCUGGAGUCGUCUCUGCCUUAGGACAGUCCCAGCACCCCCGCUUUGCUGCCACUGUGCCCUCUCUCGUGGAACCAGCUCUGAACACGCUGUCGGAGCUCAUCUCGGGGGAUGUCCGGAGUCUGGUCCAGCGGGGCCGGCUGUGGCUCUUCAUCGGUGCGCUGCGGUUGCACCUGCUGCUGCCCUCCAACGGCUGCGACCCCGCCGCCAAGUACGCGCACCAGCGGGACCACUUUCAGGAGGUGCUCGCGGACCGCCGGCUCGAGGUCGAAGUGCGGGAAACGGUCGAGCGGCUGGCCACGGGGGGCCCCGCGAACGAUGCGGACGUUGCCCGGCUACGUACAGAAGCGUCCGAUCUGGUCCGCAAAGUAGAGCAGCUCGCGGCGAAGGUGGUGCACCGCCCAGAGCCGCCCCAGUUCGGGGCCUUGUUCGAGGAGGUGACGCGCUUCGUGGGGAGUUCUGCCAGGGUGGAGAGGGUGGUCGGUCUCGCGAACGGGGCCCGGGCGGGGCAGGCCGGAGCAGGAGAGCUGGAAGUUUGGCAGGGCAACCUGGGCCAUCUGGUUCAAAGGCUAACCAAGGAGUACCCGGCUUAUCGUGACGUGGCUCAGCCAGUUCAAUUGGCGGCUUACGAGCUGCGCUACGGGGCUGCGCUGAUGGCGGCUGCGGGGGUCGAGCAGGCACGCUUUGGGGGGAUCCCUGGGGCCUUGAUGCCGGUAGGAAGAAGCGCCGAGCUAGAGGAGCUCCUCGGCUGGUUGAUGGGCUUCCCCGUGAGGCGCUCCGGGGGGCUUACGGAAGGUGGUGACGGUUCGGAAAGUGGUGUUUGGCAAAAGUGGGUUGAUGAGAGAGCGCUGCAGCUGCUGUCGAGCACUGUGGUCCGGAACAGCGGGGACGCCCCCGCCAUUGAGCUGCAGAUGAAAGUGCUCCAGCUGGUGGCCGCUAGAGCCGCCCAGGCCGCCACUGCAGCCGGAGGCGCGAGCCGGGAAUCUCUAGAGGUGCUCGGCCGCGCGUUCGGGGCGCUGGUGCGGCUGUGGAGCGGGGUGAAGGAGCGGCGCGCGGAGAAGGAGCGGGAGGACGCGGAGCUGUACAAGUACAAGGUGCGCAGCCACGUGAUGCGGACGGAGGAGGAGGAGAACGAGGCGGACUACAAGGAGAUGUUCCCGGACUACUUCGAGCAGUAUGCGGACAUCGAGGGCGAGCCCGAGAUGGCGUCCGCAGAGGACGACGACCGGAGAGCGGCGGCGGCAGAGGCGGCGGCCGCACAGGGAGUGGAGUCGGAUGCGUCGCAGAAGGCUUCCUGGAACCUGCUCCAGGAAAUGGUCGGCCCCGUGGUCCGGCUGCACGGCCAAGUCUUCGGACCGGUUGUUGAAAUUCGGACGCCAGAAGUUCCGGCAAAGUCCAAAACGGGCAAGAAAGGCAAGGCGAAGCAGACGGAAGCAGCGCUGCCGGAGAGCGACAGGGACACGUCUCUCCUGAACGCCUUCGUGGCGUCUUAUGACACGGGCGUCCAGCUGCUGCACCACGGGCUUGGGCUGGUCGCCGGCCCGGAAGUCGAACAACGGACGCUCUCGGGACACGUGCUGCGGGUCAGCUUGGAGCACCGCCGGCUCAGCCGCCGGCCCAAUGCUGACGCUGCGGCCAUCAACAUCAACGUGGAGAACCCCCCCGAACUCGCCCUAGCAUUGCACCCCCUGGCGCGCGUUUUACAGCGUCUGGGCGAUCUGUUGCGGGAGUGGCCGGACCACCCCGUGCUGCAACAGCUGCAGAAAAUUUGCGAGCGAGUCGUGGCGCUUCCGGCGGACGCCCCCCUCGUGAAGGCGCUGGUCGGCCUGGAGCUGCUGCUGACCAAGGCGCAGAUCUGGCAGGAGGGCGCGGCGCGCCACGUGUCACUGGCGGCGGAGCUGGACGAGGUGGCGCGCCUGGUUGCUAGGUGGCGCAAGGCGGAGCUGGCCAGCUGGCCGAGUCUCAUGGAACAGGUGCGGCGCAAGCACGAGAAGGCUGCCGAGGCCCUGUGGUUUGCUCUGUACGGCCUGGUCCACCGCCCCGGUGCGGCCAGCACGGCGCCUGACGCUACCACCCCAGCCCCCAACCCCACCGAUCGCGACGCCAAGCCGGCCCCCAGCGCUCUGUCCACGACUAUCGCCGGUGUCGAGGAGUUCAUCCAGACGUCAACCCUAGGAGAGUAUCACCGCCGCCUCCAGAUGGUCGCCGCUUUCGGGGGCGAGAUGAGCGUCCGGGCGCGUGGUGCCGACAACGCAGAGAUGGCGGCACUCUCGUCGGCCCUGAAAACAGUCCACAGCUACUACUGCCAGUUUGUGCCGACGGUGGCGGAUGCGCUGCGCGCGGGGGGCGACCUGGUGGAGAAGGAGCUGCGCGAGUUCGUGCGGCUGCAGAAGUGGGAGGACCGCAACGUGUACGCCAUGCAGGCGUCCGCGGAGAGGAGCCACCGCAAGCUGCACAAGCUGGCCAGCAAGCUCGACGAGGUGCUGAAGCAGCCCGUCGCUCAGCUGCUGGCCCGCCAGUCGGACAAGGUCGGCUUCUCCGAGCUGGCCAAACUGGGCGGCUCUGCUCCUGAAUCGCUACCCGCAGGCAAGGAACCGGUGGACGCAGCGUCCAAGGCUGGGGAAGCGGCUGCCGGCGUGUCUGCGACCGACGAGGAGGAUGCGAUCGAGGCCGGAGCAGAGGGCCCAGGAGUGCAACAGCAGUGGUCGGAGUUCUGCUCUGCUCGCCUAGCAGCGCUGACUGAGGGCCACGAGGGAGAGGUGGUCGAGAAAGGGCCCCGCCCGCUGUACCAACACCGCCUGCCGUCCCUGGCGGCUCGCCUGAGCCAGCUCCUCGGGUCCACGGUCCUGUCGGAGCAAGGCGCGCGGCGCCGCAAGGGUGGAGCGGAUGCGGUGGAGCGGCUGAGCGGCGUGAUAGUACGGCGCGCGCAGGCGCUGAAGGCCAGCGAGGCCAAGCGCAGCGUCAAGAAGAAGGCGCUCGUGGACCUGCUCAAGGGGCUGCGCGGCCUCGGGCUGUCGCACCACAAGUCUGCUGUUCCUGUUGAAGAGCGGGACCCCAAGAACUGGUUCCUGCUGGCCCGCCCCGACCACGCGGAACGACUCUACACGGUUGCGAACCUGGAUGCGGAGACGGAGGACUUCGUAGUGGCGUCGUCCGUGGCGGGCGCUGCCAGCUGGGGCCGAGCGGAGGGGUACUACCAUCGCAACAUGGCGCAGCUCCAGCAGCUGUGGCAGGCGCGCCAGGACUUCAGCAAGGACCUCAGCCUUAGAGAGGUGGACAUUGCGUGCCGCUUCGUGGAGCACCUCCUCCACGUGCAGCGCACCAACCGCAGCACCGCCGACCGCGCCGCUGCCCUCCUCUCCCAGCUGGGCGCACUUUCCACUCUUCUCGCGUCCCUGCACUCCAGAACAACUCAAGGCGACGGGGCACCGCUGCCCCCGCAGGCCAGCACACGCCGCCAGCUGUCACAGCAGAAAGCGCUGCUGGAGGCUCUGCUUUCGUCUCUGACCGAAGUGGAGAGUUUGAUCGCAACUGGUCUCGAAGCGGGAGCUGCGCCAGCGGCAGAUGAGGUUGAGACGGGGCCCGCAGCAAACGCCCCGACCGCCCACGAUGCGCAGACCGCUCUUGAAACGAUACGAGAUGCCAAGGCGGUGCUGCAGCGGAGCAGGGUUGAGCUUCACGCUUUCCUGACCCCCAAGGGUGUUUUGGAAGAAACGAGCGGUGACUGGCCGCUUCUUGUGACGCCAGCGAUGCAAGCCGGCCUCACAAGUAGCGCACAUGCGGUUAGAGACAUCGUUGGGAAGAUCACGGCAGUCAUGGGCCCACGUGGGGAAAAAGAAGCUGGGCCGGUCGGGCGGCCUCCGCUGCCCGGCUGGCAGGCGCUCUCGCCUCUUCUGAGGCAGGGUCUCGAGCUGGCUGACGCUGUCGCAAGCACGGCGGCGGGUUCGGCCCCCGACAGCGGAGGAGGAGAUCAGAAGCGGGGCGGCGAGAGGAUGGCCGCUUUCUCGGAGCUCUUUGAGAAAGUGGUGGCGGACGCCUUGGUGGCAGCCCAAAACGUGAGCCAGGCAGCCAAAGCGGAAAGCGAGCCGGAAGAACAGCUUGGCACAGAAGAAGGAGACGCUGUCGAAGAAGACGAGGAGGCUGCGGAAGAGGAGUGGGCCUCGGAGGAGACCCUGCAGACGUGGGAGGAGCGCUUCGCCAGUCAGCUUGACAGCUCGAGGCUCGAGAGGCUCGCCGCUUCGACUCGCGAGCUGGUUUCGCUGGCGAGUGACGUGGCGGAGGCGCCGGCGGGUCGAGACGACUUCGUUCGGGUGCAAGCCAUGCUGGCGCGACUGCAGCCUCUGCUGGAAAUGCUUCGCGCGGCGGGGCUGCGGGUUUUAGCGGACCAGGCCGCGUUCAGCAAAUCGGUGGCGAAGUUGGGGUAUGUUCUGGCGAAUCUGUUUGCGGGGCUGUUCCGGGAAGGGUUCUGCGGGGCGAAAGAAGAGAGCGGAGCCGAGGGCGCGACCAAUUUCGAAGACGCAGAAGGGAUGGGGAUGGGUGCUGGGGAAGGGCAGAAGGAUGUGAGUGAUCAGAUUGAGAAUGAGGAUCAGCUGCUGGGGAAUAAGGGGGACGAGGAGGAGGGGGAGAAGACGGGCGAGAAGAAGAAGGGGGACGAAAAAGUGAAGGGCGUGGAGAUGGAAGAAGAUUUCGAGGGGGAGAUGCUGGACCUGUCGGAGGACGAGGAGCAAGAGGGAGACGAGGAAGAGGAGGGGGACGAGAAAGAAGAGCGGCUGGACGAGAAGAUGGGCGAAGCAGGGGAGGAUGACGACAUCGUGGAUGAGAAGCUGUGGGGCGACGACGACAAGGAGGACGAGCAGGGCAAGCAGGAGCAGGAGAAGUACGAGAAGGACGCGCCCAUGAGCGGAGCGGAACAGGAGGACCUCGAAUACCGGGGCAAGGAAGAAGAAGGGGAGGAAGGGAAAGACGAAGAGCAGAACCGCGGGAAAAAGGAGCAGAAAAAGGAAGAGAAAGAGGCGGAGAAAGAAGGCGGGGAAGAAGGGGGAGAAGAGGAGCGAGGGGAAGACGAAGGGGAAAUCAAUGUGGAUAGUGAGGACAAGUACGAGGAGUCGCACGGGCUGAAGGCCGAGAAGGAGGAAGAGUUGGAGUUGCCGGAGGAUAUGAACCUGGACGGGGGGGAGGAAAAGGAGGAGGAAGAAGGGGGGGGAGACGGGGAGGAGACAGCACCGGAAGUAGAGGGGACGGAGCAGGACGGAGGAAAGGAGAAGAAAGAGGGGGAUGCGGAAGAAGAGGCCGGUGGGGAUGGAGAAGAGGCACCGGGCGUGGAAGAGCCUGCUUCAGAUGAGGGCGAAGGGGAGGAAAACGAGGAGGGGGAAAAGAAAGCCGAGGAAGAAGGGCAGGAGGCGCGUGCCGAGGAAGAUGGGGGAGAAGGAGAAGGGGCCAAGGAAGAGGAAGAGUUGCGCAUGCAGCAACUGCAGCAUGAGGAGGAACUAGAGACGGGCCCGGUAGCGAUGCAGGAGCAAGUGGAGAGUGCCUGGCAGGGCGCCCCCCAGGAGCGGAAAGCGGAGCAGUCCGUCGGCGUGAAGGGGGGCACAGACGGGCAGGAAAUGACGGGGGGGGACGAGGAGGCGGAGGAAAAUGCAGGAGGAGGGGCGUCCGAGCAGCGCCAGACGGGGGGGGCGCAGCAGAUGGACAAGGGGGAACGGAACGUGAGGCAGGAAGAAAGUGGGGGAGGUGAAAAGAAGAAAAGGCAGGAGCGGCUGGAAGCGAACCCGUACCGAUCUGCCGGAGAUGCGCUGCGGCAGUGGAAGGAGCGGGUGCGGAUGGUCGGGGAUCAGACGAAAGAGGGGGGGGAGGAGCAGCCCGAGGGGCAAGGAGAAGAGGAGGGGGGGGACCAAGAAGAGGGGGCCGGCAAGGAGGAAGGGGACAUGGAUGCGGAGUACGAGUAUGUGGCCAACAAAGAGGAGGCCACCGCACAGGCCCUCGGCGCAGCCACCGACGAUCAGGCGGCCGCCGAGAAGCGCGACGCGGACCAGAACGGCGACGACAUGGACGAAGACGCCGAGGAAGCGCGCGCGCCGGAACUGGACGAACCCGAGCCGGAGCCGGAAGCAACGGAACCCCCGGCGGCGUCCGCUGCCAAAAGUCGCAAAGCCGACCGGAAGAAGGCGCUCGAUUCCCGGCCCCUAGACGAGAACGCUGAGCUGGCAGAAGGGAGCGAAGACGAAGAGGGGAUCGACUGGCUGCCCGAGGACCAGUCGGAGGAGGCGUUCGACGAGAGCAGAAUGGCGCGCGCGUUUGAGCAGCAGGCGACGCUGAAGAGCCUGGUUGGGGAGGAAGAGGACGCGGAGCGGAGUUUGGAAAUGCAGCCGCUGACGGAAGAGGAGCUGCGGCAGAUGCGGGACGACCUGGAGCGGAAGCUGCGCGAGGCGCAGGAGAUGGGCGGGCCGGAGGGGGCCGCCAAAGCCGCGGCGCUCUGGAGACGGUACGAGGUGCUGACGUCACGGCUGAGCCAGGAGCUGACGGAGCAGCUGCGGCUGAUUCUGGAGCCGACGCUGGCGAGCAAGCUGCAGGGCGACUACCGGUCGGGCAAGCGCAUCAACAUGAAGAAGGUCAUCCCCUACAUCGCCAGCCAGUUCCGCAAGGACAAGAUCUGGCUGCGCAGGACCAAGCCCAACAAGCGCCAGUACCAGGUAGUGAUUGCCAUCGACGACUCGCGCAGCAUGGGCGAGAGCCGGUGCGGCCACCUGGCGCUCGAGGCCUCCGUUGCGCUGUGCCGCGCCAUGACCCAGCUCGAGGUGGGCGAGAUGGCCGUCGUCAGCUUCGGGGCACGUGGCAACACGCGGUUGGUCCACCCGUUUGAGCGCCCGUUCACGGACGAGGCGGGCGCUGCGGUUCUGUCGCAGUUCUCGUUCCGGCAGGACAACACCAUUGCCGACGAGCCCGUCGUGGAUCUGCUGCGCUUCCUGGGGGGAGUGCUCGAGAGCGCGCGCGCGCGUGUGGCACGGAGCGCGGCCGGGGGCGCCAACCAGCUGCAGCAGCUCGUGCUCAUCAUCGCGGACGGCAGGUUCCACGAAAAGGAGAGUUUGAAGCGGUGCAUCCGCGAGGCGCAGCGGGCGCACCAGCUGCUGGCGUUCCUGAUCCUGGACAACCCGCAGCCGGGGCGGCAGGAGUCCAUCCUGGACAUGCAGACGGUGUCGUUCGCGGGCGGCGCGCCCAGCUUCUCCAAGUACCUCGACACCUUCCCCUUCCCGUACUACAUCCUGCUGCGGGACGCAGCGGCGCUGCCGCGAACGCUGGGCGACCUCCUGCGGCAGUGGUACGAGAUGAGCCAGCGCCUGGAGGCGAACUGAGCGGGGGGACAGCCGAAAGUGUAGGGUCGUUUCGGGACCCUUUGACAGCAGAUGACUGAUACGAGAUGUAGAGAAGCCGCAUGGAAAGUCUGUCGGUUUUCCAGAUGUGAAAGAGUCGCAAGAGCGGGGUGAAUUUGGGGUGGGCUAGGAGUAGGUCGUAGAAACUGUACAUGCGUUAGGCAGAUCAAGCUCGCGAAUGGAUCGGUCGCAAGGUGUCCAGUGUGAUUAGCGAAGGUAGAUGGUCGUCCUGGGCAGAGUAAACCGCCUGUGCUGCUCCUGGCAGCUUCCCGCAGCAAGUCAAAUAGAAGCACGUCCCUUUGGUCCUUCAGCUUUGCUCCUGCGAGCAGCUAUACUCUCAGAGCCUUCUCGAUCGGCCGGCAGCUAGGGAUGCUUCGAGUUACGAACAGCUAGUGUGCUUAUGCCAGCUGCAACGUUGGUAGGAAAAAGGUUCCCUGUUCCAGCUUCACAAAGAUCGUAUCUCCUAACGCAAAUUUCAAUCAAGGCCGUAAAGGGCAUCAGCAAUAUUGCCC